CGGGGCACUGCGCGUCAGGCCGAGGGGGACCCUGGGGGGCUUGGCCCCCCGCUGUUCUGGGGCCUGUCCUCAACCACCAAGUUGAAACUGCUUUCCGGCCCUCUUCCUUUUUCUUCAGACACUGAAGGGGUGGAGCGAUAAGUAUCGUCCAGAGAGUGUUCAGAGAGGGUCUGGCCCGGACCCCUUAAAAGAUGGGCGCCCAGAACAAAUGCGUCCUGCACUUACGGCUCGGUCCAGCCUAGAGAACGAGUUUCCCAAGCGGCCUAUGCGGGAUGUUUAAGAAAAAGGGCUCUGUGACAGAAACAGAGGGACCCGUGUCAAAGUCCGAACAAGGCAGCCUCAGUUCUUGCGGCCCUGUCACAAUUCCGGCGUUUCCAGCUGUUAAGAAAGCAAACUUGUGUUGGCUGCAGAGUUGCCGGAUCCCGGGAAAACUGGGUGGCACUUGACUCAGUUUCAGGCCUCUAUAUUCCAGAUACAUUGGGAAAAGGCAGUUUUAUUUCCAUGCACCUCCUCCAUUAUCAGGUUUAACCAAAACAUAGGUCUCAGUUCUUCACAAAAAUACCAAGACUACAGGCUCUUCGGGCUCAAGAGUCGGAUGAAUUUAGUUCGAUUAUUUCUCAAACAUUUCUCCACUGAAAUGAAAUUUAAAUGUUUCUGCAGGCUUAAGGGUGUGUUAGAGAAAACCCCACUUUAAGUAUCUCUCUGAAUGAUGGCCAUAACCAGUGAUCCAAGCAGCAUUUCUCUUCCUGGGAACGUGUUAUGUAUGGCAAAUUGGUUAAAAUAAUAGCUUUGGCAUCAAACUUGACCUGGAUUUGAGUUACACCUUUGCCACUCAUGGGCUGAUUGACCUUGAAGGAGUUACUUAUCCUCUUUAGGCUUAGUCUACCUCAACUGCAAAACACAGCCAACUUCCUACUAUUGAAAAAAAGAAGAUGAUUUAUAAUUAAAAGAUUGCUCAUCUGUAUCGAAAAAUUCAUGGGUUCACUCUAUGAUGUCCAGAGACCCCCAAGAUGGAGAAUAGGACACACAAUGAAGACAAUCAAUGAAAACCAGAAGAUCUACUGUUAUAAUUAAGAACAUCAAGAAUAGGCAGCAAGGGACCAAGGAAGUCAGGCUGCACAUACAUGGACAAAGGCAAUUUCUUAGAAGAUACAACUUCUAAGCAACAGAAAGAUUUGCCUUAUGAUGGGGAUUUCUCCCAAAUUAAGAUAUACAACGAUUACAAUUUUACCUCAAAAAAUGACAUCCUUGAUGUCUCAAAUCAAAUUCCUUUAACAAUAGAUGACCUUCAAGGAAAGGCUACAUAUAAAGAGACUUGUAGAAAUGCAGACAUGGCCAUGACUCUGGGUAAAAUGACUAAAACUGUUAUCAACAAAAACUAUGAUAAAGAGAAACAAUCCACUGUAAAUCUUGAUAUUUUGGCUAAUGAAAGAGACCCUUCCAAGUCAAGCAUUUCUGAUAAUUUACUCCAUCAUCCUUCCAAUGGGGAAUUCUUAAAAGGUCAAGGCAUUAAUUGUGAAACUUUCCCAGAGAUUUCUAAUGCUGACAGUUCUGAUGAAGCUAUUGUUAAAAAUAUUAUUUUGCGCUAUGUUAAGAAUUCUUGGUCAAAAGAACAAACCCCAGAACUCACAGACCAACUGAACCCCAAAAGGGGUGGUGAAAACAGCAAUAUGCCCUGUUGUUCUCUAACUGUGACAGAAGGAAACGCCUCUGACUUAGAGGCUGCUGGAGAGAGCAGCCAUCAAGAAACUUCACAUUUUCUAUCUAAAAUCAAGAGUCCGCAUGAUAAACCAAAAAGUUGCCAAGGGCAGCCACCCCAGAAACUGCAGACUGAAAAAGCAGUUUCAGGCACUGAGUUCAAACAUGGCCGUAGUCUGUUUCCUUACGAGUUAUCUGAUUUCCCUAAGGUUGCUCCCAAAGGGAAAAUCCCUAAAAAUAAAACAAUUAAUAAACCACUUACAACAGAUAAACAAGCCAGCUUUUCUCCUAAAUUGAGAGAUAAGUCAGCUAUUGUGCAAGAUAUUUUAGAAAGCAUGUCUAGGUCAAACUGUAUUGAAAGACACGGACAGAAAAGGAAAACUGCUGAACCUUCACAACAGAUAGAGAUGGAGCCCACAAUACAUAUUCACCAAGAACAUCUCACAGGAAUAGAAUCAGAGAUGAGUCUCUUUAAGGUGUCAUCAAUGUCUCAGAAAGACAUUUUCCCAAGUUCUUCUUCCAUAUUUCAGAAGAUAACCCAAGGGAAACAGAUGUGCCAGAAGUUAAAAGAACAGACUGAUCAACUGAAGACUAAAGUACAAGAAUUUUCCAAAAGCAUAGCACAGGACUCUCUCUAUCAUUUGCAAGAUAAGAGGCUGGUCCUGGAGAAACUGCAGGGACAUCUUGAACUGCUGGAGCAGGAGUUUCUGGACAAGAAGGAGAUGCAUCUGACUUUGAAGCAAGUUCACAGGCAUGAGUCCCCAGCUGUCGGUGACUUUGAUCCAGAAAGAGAAGUGGAAGGUGAAAUCUUCAAGUUGGAGAUGCUACUUGAAGAUGUUAAAGAGAAAAUUAAUAAGGGCAAAUGUACUUCAGCCGUCUCUCUUCCUGUGAGUUCUCCAAUCAUCUCGGAUGACUUGGCAUCCAUAUCCUCUCCACCCUCAAAUGAGCCCCAAGCCAUUAUAGCACAGACCCCGCCGAGCAAGAUAUCAGAGCAAAGGAGUCCCGGAGAGGAGAACCCCAUCAACACCCCGGGAAGGCAGGACCACGCAGAGACGACCAGUCCAAGCUGUGACUUUUGCCAUGGGGUCCUUGAACGGAAGGAAAACAUGGAGAAAAAAGGACACAGAAAGACCAACUGUGGAAGGUGUCCCCCUGCCAUUCCAGAAAAGGCACAGCAUGCCAGUUCGAUUCUCAGUUCUGCUGCAGGCCCCAGAUGCUCUUCUGCUUCUGGGACUGGAUUGCAGAGUAAUAAAUGUGAGAACUGUGGCACUAAGCGUCAUAAUUCCCGAAGAGUCUAUGGCAAAGAGCCACUUGAAGAAUUUCAUUAUAGAUACAACAUGCCAGGAGAGAAUUACUUAAACCCUAACGAAAGAAGUGCCUUUGUCAAGCUCUGCUUUUUAAACGAAAAUAAAAAUUCUUCACCUUCUUGUUCAAAACCAGAAUGGAUCUGUUCCCAGACAUCAAAUCCAAAAUCCUCUCAUGAUGAACAUGAGCCCAUACCAGGAAAAAAAAAUCUUAAGGUUUUCGUGACCUACCAUUCAGACCUUGCUACACCCUCACCCCAUUUCCACUCCUGCAGGAUUUCUGGAAGCAAAUCCUUAAGCAACUUUGGCAGUACCGAAGAAACAGAAUCUGAGAUUUUAAACUCGUCUUUGGCUCAUGCCCUGAGGACAGCAACCAUUUUGAAAGACACUACUGAUCGAAUGAUUACAGCUAUUGCAGAAGAUCUUGCCAAAGUACAGAGAUGGAGGAAUCGACUGAAAUACUAGUUCGACCCAAGGCAACUGAGAACUUAAAAAAAAAAGACAAAUGUAAAGAAAACUGAUCUUCCCCCCAAAAGUAUCUUAUUAUACUAUUUAGGAAGGUGACUUUCUAGAGAAAAUACCAAAACCAUAAGAAAUGGGGGGGGGGGGCACCAAGUGCUUAAAAAGAAAAAACAAUGGAUUCCUGAUUCUUAAAAUUGAAAUCAACAAGUAUUUAUUUUAAAAUAAAUCUUAUUCCU